UGCCAGGACUGUGGAGUGUGCAAAGGAGGGAGAGCGUGAGAGAGAGAGAGCGAGAGAGGGAGAGGGGGUGAGAGAGAGCGAGCGAGAGAGCGAGAGAGAGAGAGGUGGAGGGAAUACAGUUGGAUUUGGAUACAACUGGAAAACUACCAAGCGCGCACAGCACGCAUCGAGCGCAAGGCACAUCGACUGUGCGUAGCCAACAUUUCACCUACUCCCGUCCCCCGCGAUCGGAUUCAGGCGAGAAUGGAGCUCCCUGCCGCCGGAGAGCACGUCUUUGCGGUGGAGGGCAUCGAGAAGAAGCGCAUCCGCAAGGGCAAGAUAGAGUACCUGGUCAAGUGGCGAGGCUGGUCUCCCAAAUACAACACAUGGGAACCAGAGGAAAACAUCCUUGACCCUCGGCUCCUCGUCGCAUUUCAACACAGAGAGAGGCAGGAGCAGCUGAUGGGAUAUCGUAAACGGGGGCCAAAACCAAAACAUCUUUUACUCCAGGUGCCCUCAUUUGCCCGAAGAUCAUGUAUUCCAGCAGGUUUUGAAGACAUACCUCAGGAAGCAGAGGGUAGCAUCAAGUCAGAUCCCGUCCAGGUCCAGCGCUCCCGGCCGCAACAGUACCAGCUGAACAGCAAAAAGCACCAUCAGUACCAGCCCAGCAGCCAGGAGGUCCCUUCCGAUCAGCAAACCAACGGCAAGAAGAAGUUCAUCUACCAGCUCAACAGCAAGAAGCACCACCACUAUGAGCCUGACCCUAAUAUGUACUACGCACAGGUUUCUAGGUUUAAAGAGGUGGUCAAAGUUCAGGAACCAGCAAGUAAACCAGCCAACCCUGGCUGGAACUUACCACUGGCACUGCAGCAGAAAUGGGUUCGUGACAAAGACACUGGCUGCUUGAGCAAAGUGAAAGAACUGGCAGUAGAAGUGAGGAAACCAGCUUUUAAAGAGGCUGAGAGUGAAAAUGCCAUCAAACCCAAUCCUAAAGACGCAACCUUCCCUAGUGCUGUUAGCAGCAAAAUGAAAAUAAUCAAGAAUAAAAACAAGAAUGGGCGUAUCGUUAUUGUGAUGAGCAAAUACAUGGACAGUAACAAGGUUCAUGGAGCAAAGGGUAAACAUGGGGAAUCAUCGAGUGAAGAGAAACCCCAAAACACCAAAUCAACAGUAAACAAUCCAGCACACAGAACCAAAAUGGUGGAGCAGUUGCACCUGGAUAACGGUAUCCCUAAAGAGAUCUGUAACGGCAGCUCCCCACCUGCUGCAGAACAUCCCAUUAAGUGUUCCCCAAAGGACAGACAUUUCUCCAAACCUUCGCCAAGCACAGCAGAGGAAUAUAACACUGAAGUGGCUCGGGGUCAGGCUGAUCUACCAGAAGAUUUGCCCCUACAGCUGACUGCUAUCUCACCCCCAACAUCAUGGGCUGUUGACACUAACAUCCCAACCCCUACGUCUAUCGACCACAUCAGAAUUCCUUCUUUUCCCGGUGACCGGAAGCGAAAACUCUCAGAUCCUGUGGAGGACCGGAGUGUUUCCAAAACCUUCUUGACUUCCAGAAGCCUAAGUGUGCCCAGUACUGUGGUCACUCCACCCCAGGACAAACCUAUGGACCUCCACUGUAGCGGCCCUCGCCACAGCAGUACACCUACAUAUGAUGUUAUAGACUCUGGCAGCCAAGAGGAGCCUAUGGACCUCAGCUGCCCAAAGACUAAGAAGCAAGUGGAUCUGGAAGUACAGCCAGAGCCAGUGCUUGAGCCAGUGCCUGAGCCAGUGCCUGAGACUGAGCCAGAGCCUGAGCCUGAGCCUGCUGUCAAAGACAUACCUACUGUGACUGAGGACACACAGAAAUCCACAGAGAAGUCUCAACAAGUACCUGUUAAAACAAUCUCCCCUUUUAUGGGAAAUAUCAUCAUCACUGACAUAACAACAAACAGUCUCACUGUCACCUUCAAGGAAUAUGUUUCUUUCUAAAAAAAAAAAAAAAAAAAAACUAAAAAAAAAAAUUUGUAAAAUGGACAUUGUGAUUCAAUGACCCUGUCAAUAUGUUCAUAUGUAAAAACAUCUGAAUUGUGUAUAUAUGGAAAUUUAUAAUUUAUCAUUCAAAUUCAGUAUGUUUCUUAUAAUGUUUUAUACUGUAACUCCUCUGUGACGUUGUAGCCAAGAAAGUGCCCUCGAGGAUUUGAGUGAAUGCAUUCAGGUGGAUGUAUUCCACUUUAAAAAAAACAACAAAAAACUUUUAUUUGUCAUAUGGAGCUUAAUGGGAUUUGCUGUUGUUUCAUACCUGUACCAAACUUAUAACCUGAGAUGUAUGAAGGUUUAUACAUAUUUUAUAUUAAUAAUAUCACUUAUUUUGGUCCUAAUAUAAGGUAGAGAGGAACUUGAUGAGUCUAUGGUGAUCAAAGAUCAAAUUGAAAGCACUUAAUUACAUUUUCAUAUGUUGAUUCAUGUCAUAUAACUUCGUUAUAGUGGAGAAACUGCUGCUCUCUUUAAGUCUUAGUUCAUUGGUACCCUCAGUCUGAUUUGGCAUAUUUUGUUUAGUGUUUUGUUUGUGGCUCAUUUAAAAGAGAUUAUUAGCCAUGACAUACAAAUACAGUAACAGCUAUGUAACAACAGUGUGACACACAGCAACUUUUAAGACAUGGUCCGGCCUUUUCUUUUUGUCAGGUUUUUGUCUCAUAAGAAAGCUGUCUGCGGGUAUGCCGUUACAACCCAAUCUAUUAUUAUAUUGAACAAUUCACCUAUAACAAACACUUAGGGAAUAAAAUGUGGCAUGUACAUUCUCAAAGGUCAGUUACCUUUCAGAAAAUGAUGUCAUUUAUCAAACAUGCGGCUUCCCGUUAAGAGGACUUAUUGAUUUUUUCCAUUAUUAGGUUGUGAUUCAUUACUUUAUUGUGGAUCACACAUAUCGCUAGAGUUACUUUAAGAUGUACGCUGGUCUUGUUAGGAGUCUCCUAAUGUAACAGAUUAGCAAUAUUCAUCUCAUUUUGCUAUUGAAGCUCAUAUAAUCUGAAGAACACGUGAAUGCUAUUUGUUGUGGAAAAAGCUACCAGGGUUACUAACAAGUAUGUUGUACAGAUUGAAUGAGAAGGCUGGCUUUGUAUACUGUUAAAUGCAAUCCAAUGAGUGCAGGCUCUUUAGUUUAUGCUGCUGAAUAUUCAAAUGUCAAACUUGUUGGAUGUAACCUUCAUGUGAGUCUAAAUUGCCUUCCAUGCACAUUUAAUGCAAAACCAGUAACAAUGCUAAAAUGCUAUGGUCAUGAAAGUGAAGAGUGCAUUUUUAUUGACUUUUCAUUUGCUGUUCAAAACCAUUACAAGAUGCUCUCUGCAUCAGAAGCUGCAAGUAAUUCCAGUGAACAGGUAGUCCUUUUUAAUGAAAGAUGUUUUUGAGUCUGUUUGCUUCUUUUUGUCGUUUUGCUUUAAUUUGUUGAUUCUUCCUUGCACUUGGUUCAAAGUCACAAUGAUUGUCAUAAAGUGUGUUCUACCAGGAGUUGGUUGACUUACUGCUGUUAGCACGGCUUACUGGAUGGUAUGUUUAACAAUAAAGAAAGAGAAAUGAC